ACAUCGUCACCGGCGCCGAGCAGACGCACCGGGAGUCGUACAACCCGCAGACGGAGGCCAUCUCGCCGACGCUGCCGGCCGACGGCCUGGACGAGUCGCCGCUGCGAUCCACCAAGGACGAGCUGCUGCGCCAGAUCGGCACCAUCGACCGCGAGAUCAUGAAGGCCGAGUCGCAGAUCGCCAAGCUGAAGCGCAAGCAGAGCGAACUGGAGGCGCACGCCGGCCGGCCCGACGACUGGACGUCAGACGACGACGACAAGGAGGCGCGCAACACCAGUCUGGCGCAGACCAUAUACGCCGAUAACCGGAAGAGGGCGCGGACCGCCAAGGCCGACCUGGAGAAGCUGGGCCCGCUGCAGCCGGCCGAGGAGCGCGCCGACCGCUGGCGGCUCUGCGCCGCCGCCCAGCCGCUCUACAACCAGCCGUCGGACGCGGCCGUGUACCGCGCCAACGCCGCCGCGUUCCGCACGUUCAAGCGGCGCCUGGUGGCGACGGUGCGGCGGCGGCGCCUGGAGGACGCCGCGCGCCAGCGGCUCACCGCCGCCCUCUACGCGGAGAAGCUGGCCGCCUGGGUGCGCGAGGUGGAGCGGAUCGAGGCGCUGCCGAAGAGCCGGCAGCGCGCGGCCAAGGAUCGCGAGUUCUACGAGAAGGUAUUUCCGGAGAUCCGGCGCAGCCGCGAGGAGCGCGAGCGCUUCAACCGCGCUGGCCGGCUCAUCAAGUCAGACGUCGAGAUGGAGGAGGUGAUGGACGGCAUCCAGGAGCAGGAGAACGAGAAGCAGAAGCUGCUGUCGCUGGCGGUGAUCCCGCCGCCGAUGCUGGACGAGCAGCGGCGCGCGCGUGUCUUCCUCAACAGAGGCGGCCGCAUCGCUGAGCCGCUCGUGCUGCACGACGACCUGGCCAACCAGAACGUAUGGACCGAGGCCGAGCGGCAGACGCUCGACGAGCGCUACCUCCAGCACCCGAAGCAGUUCCACGCGCUGAGCGCCGCGCUCGAGCGCAAGGCCACCAGCGAGUGCGUGCGCCACUACUACCUCAGCAAGAAGCAGCAGAAGUACAAGGAGCGGCUGAAGAAGGCGCGCACGCGCGGGCGCGGGCGCGGCGGGCCGCACCCGUGCGCCGUCUGCCAGACGCAGCUGGAACACCACGGCCAGUCGCGGCCGCUGCCGGCGGCGCACGCCGCCAGCUACGGCCUCAGCGAGCGCGACCUGCCCGGCGACGCGCGCGUCUGCGCCGCCUGUCGCUGCCGCUCCGUCAAGCGACGCUACUCGCACGUCAAGUGUCCGAUUCCCACCUGUCCGACGCCCAAGUUCCGCGUGAAGCGGCUGCGGCCGCUGCCGAGCUGA